AAGAGUUAAUAGUACUUUAUUGGAAAAUGAAUGGGAAAAAGGGCUCUGUUGAGAUCAACAUUCCCUUAGCUAUAGAAACUAAACAGCCAGAAACCACCAAGACUUCUUGCGGUGGAGAUUUUUUUGUCAAAGCAUGGAUUCAGAAAGUUUGGGAAUUUUACAAAGAAGACAGCGACAGAGUGAAGUUUUCAUUCAAAGUAGGCCUAGCUGUUCUACUAGUGUCUUUGCUCAUUCUAUUUCGGGCUCCCUAUGAAAUAUUUGGCACAAGCAUUAUAUGGUCCAUCCUCACCGUUGCCAUUAUGUUCGAAUAUACUGUUGGUUCAACAUUUAAUAGAGGAUUUAACCGAGCACUUGGAAGUUUGCUGGCUGGUAUUUUAGCAAUAGCAGUUGGUCAGUUGGCUCUAUCGGCAGGCGUAGUUGCUGAGCCUAUUAUAAUUGGAAUUAGCAUCUUCUUCAUAGGAGUCAUCACAUCAUUUGUGAAACAAUGGUCAGCGCUUGUAGCAUAUGAGUAUGGAUUCAGGGUCAUACUUUUUACCUACUGUUUGAUCAUAGUCUCUGGAUAUAGAAUGGGAAACCCAAUUAGAACUUCCAUGGAUCGGUUGUACUCUAUUUCCAUCGGAGGCUUUGUAGCAGUCCUAGUGAAUGUUCUUGUUUUCCCUAUAUGGGCAGGAGAGCAAUUACACAAGGAGCUGGUCAACAACUUUAACAUUGUGGCGGACUCUCUUGAAGAAUGUGCGAAGAAAUAUUUAGAAGAUGAGGGGUUAGAUCAAGAUCAUCCCGAGUUCUCCAAGACUGUCAUGGAUGAAUUUCCCGAUGAGCCUGCUUAUAAGAAAUGCAAAGCCACCUUGAACUCUUCAUCAAAACUGGACUAUUUGGCUAUUUCUGCAAAAUGGGAACCACCGCAUGGCAGAUUUCGACACUUCUUUUAUCCAUGGGCUGAGUAUGUUAAAGUGGGAGCAGUUUUACGAUAUUGUGCUUAUGAGGUCAUGGCACUUCAUGGUGUUCUUCACUCUGAGAUUCAGGCGCCCUGCAAUCUCCGAAUCACAUUCCAGGCGGAGAUCCAAGACGUGACAAGCCUGGCUGCGGAGGUGGUAAGGAGUUUGGGAAAAGACAUUGGCAACAUGAACCGAAGUCUCAUAACUUCACUACUGAAAAGGGUUCACAGUUCAACUGAAAGACUCCAACGCACCAUAGACAUGCAUUCUUAUCUUCUCACCACCUACUGUGACCCUCCCGACGUCAACCCUUCCAAGCCGCUACCAAAACUCCCAGAGCAGGCUGAUCCUGAAAGCAAUAGCCUUGAGAAUAACACUAAUUCAGGGACCCAAAACUAUACUUUGUCCGGAACUAUAACAACAGCACAAGCACAGCCGGAGUCUUAUAAUCAUGAGAUGACGAGGAAGCAAUCUAGAAGGAUGCAUUCUUGGCCAUCUAGAGAGGUGGACGCUUUUGAAGAAGAAGGUGUUACUACUGAUUUCUUGCCUAGAAUGAGGGCACUAGAGAGCACUGCAGCUUUGUCUCUCGCCACAUUUACUUCGUUGCUUAUUGAGUUUGUAGCUAGGCUUGAUCACUUGGUUGAAGCAGUUGACAAGCUUGCUAAGACGGCCAAGUUCAAGCAUGAAGGUGUAUAGAAGAAAAAGAGUAAAUUUGCUAUGAAUAUAUUUGACAAAUUCAAUAUGAAUUUGUUUUCCAAA